AUGGUACUUCCUUUCUUCCAGGUUUCUUUUGGUGAGGUUUAUCGUUCAGAAUGGAAUGGAACUGAGGUUGCUGUGAAGAAGUUUAUGAACCAGGAUAUCUCAGGCGAUGCACUAACUCAGUUUAAAAGCGAAGUUGAGAUCAUGUUGAGGUUGAGACAUCCUAAUAUUGUUCUUUUCAUGGGAGCAGUUACUCGUCCACCAAAUCUUUCCAUCCUCACAGAAUUUCUACCAAGGGGUAGCUUAUAUAAACUGCUUCAUCGGCCAAAUGUCCAACUUGAUGAAAAGAGGCGAAUGCGUAUGGCUCUUGAUGUGGCAAAGGGAAUGAAUUAUUUACACACCAGCAAUCCAGUUAUUGUGCAUCGGGACUUAAAGACUCCAAAUCUUCUUGUUGAUAAAAAUUGGGUUGUGAAGGUAUCUGAUUUUGGGAUGUCACGCAUGAAACACCACACUUUUCUGUCUUCGAAAUCUACUGCUGGAACUCCUGAAUGGAUGGCACCGGAAGUACUAAGGAACGAACCAUCGAAUGAAAAAGUUGUUGGUGCUGUUGGCUUUCAGUAUAGACACCUUGACAUUCCUGAAACUGUUGAUCGUGUGGUUGCAAGAAUCAUAACUGAUUGUUGGCAUCCCGAGCCACAGGCUCGGCCAUCAUUCAAGGAAAUCAUUGCCCGCCUCAGAAGUCUCGGGCGGCUCUCGGUGGAACGAAUAGAAACUCGAAUAAAUCAAAAAUAGAAUUCAGUUGUAUGUAAACUAUUUAUAUUUUAUAGAGGUGGAUAGAUGAAAGAAUGAUUGUUGUACAAGAGUAAACAACAACGACAAAAAAAAAAAAAAAAGAGUUGUGGAUUGGGAAGUGUUGGUUGACUCCAUAAGGCAGGGGGACAAAGCACAGCCAAGCCAAGCCAAGCCAAACCAAGCCAGUUGAAUGACGACAACAUCAAGUGUUUGUCCGAGUGGUUUAUUUGGGUACCAACUUAGUUCAUUUAAUAAUAUUGUCUACAAAAUUUGUUUAACAAAGAAGAAAAAUAUGGUGUUUUCAGUAAUUGCAG